AUGCACCGAACGGUGCGAGAGGGUCUAAUACGUAACUCACCAGUACGUAACUCACCAGUACGUAACUCACCAGUACGUAACUCACCAGUACGUAACUCACCAGUACGUAACUCACCAGUACGUAACUCACCAGUACGUAACUCGCCAGUACGUAACUCGCCAGUACGUAACUCACCAGUACGUAACUCACCAGUACGUAACUCACCAGUACGUAAUUCACCAGUACGUAACUCACCAGUACGUAACUCACCAGUACGUAACUCACCAGUACGUAACUCACCAGUACGUAACUCACCAGUACGUAACUCACCAGUACGUAAUUCACCAGUACGUAACUCACCAGUACGUAACUCACCAGUACGUAACUCACCAGUACGUAACUCACCAGUGCGUAACUCACCAGUACGUAACUCACCAGUACGUAACUCACCAGUACGUAACUCACCAGUGCGUAACUCACCAGUACGUAACUUACCAGUACGUAACUCACCAGUACGUAACUCACCAGUACGUAACUCACCAGUACGUAACUCACCAGUACGUAACUCACCAGUACGUAACUCACCAGUACGUAAUUCACCAGUACGUAACUCACCAGUACGUAACUCACCAGUACGUAACUCGCCAGUACGUAACUCACCAGUACGUAACUCACCAGUACGUAACUCACCAGUACGUAAUUCACCAGUACGUAACUCACCAGUACGUAACUCACCAGUACGUAACUCGCCAGUGCGUAACUCGCCAGUGCGUAACUCACCAGUAUGUAACUCACCAGUACGUAACUCACCAGUGCGUAACUCGCCAGUGCGUAACUCACCAGUACGUAACUCACCAGUACGUAACUCACCAGUACGUAAUUCACCAGUACGUAACUCACCAGUACGUAACUCGCCAGUGCGUAACUCGCCAGUGCGUAACUCACCAGUAUGUAACUCACCAGUACGUAACUCACCAGUGCGUAACUCGCCAGUGCGUAACUCACCAGUACGUAACUCACCAAUACGUAACUCGCCAGUACGUAACUCACCAGUGCGGACACUUUCGAAUGUGAACCAGUAA